AUGGCGGAUGCAUCAGCAGAAAAUCAGGAGAGACACUGUCAUGAUCUGCUGAUGAAGUUAAAGAAAACAACAGAAAGUCUACUAGUUGGUCAGUCGGCACAAGGGCCAUGGGGGACGUAUGGAGCCCUACGGCGUGUUUGUGUGGACACUGAGGCCAUUUUGUGUCAUAGAAUUAAAGCUGCACAUGGAAAAUCUAAGCCCACGAGUAGCUUCUGGCAGUUUGCUAACACUGCACCUAACACUGCACCUAGCAGUGCACUUAGUAGUGCACCUACAUUAGGUGCCAUCCAGGAGAAGUUCAGUGGCCAGGACUCAGCAGCUACAUGGUUGAGUGAAUCUGUGCACGACCACACCCUGAUGGUGCAGCUGGAGGCCCUGAUUGCUGACAGAGGUCAUCUGCAUGCCUGGUAUCAUGUGUGGUGUGUGUGGUGGUUGAGGGAGUUAGUCCACGACCACACCCUGAUGGUGCAGCUGGAGGCCCUGAUUGCUGACAGAGGUCACCUGCAUGCCUGGUAUCAUGAUGAUGCCUUCCUUUGUCAGCCUGACUAUGUUAAGGCUAUGAAGAUUUGUUUUCGGGCCAUAGAGCUCAACAAGCCUGCCUUACUUGUGGAUAUCAACCCUCAUUUGCUGCGUGCAGGUCAGUCAGAUCCACGUAGAACAGGUCAAACUGACCCACGUAGAACAGGUCAAACUGACCCACGUAGGUUGUCUGUUGAAGGUAAAACCAAACACCCACCUGGGUCAUCAUACACAUCAAGGGAAGCAACCCACGACAACAUCAUGGGGAACCGUAACUCCCAUCUAAAUGUGCACUACUCGUCCAUGAUGAGCAACUCCAACCUGUCCCUGUCCGUGGACCCCUCCCUGGGGGCUUCCAGUCUGGUGCAGCAGAAGAUUUUGUCUGGCCCGUACUUCGUCAACUCUCUGGAUUCCCCCGGUCUGCUGGAGAACCUGCGGAGCCAUGAUCCGCUAUCCGAUGCCAUGAGGAACAUCCAGCACUCCAACACAUUUCACCGACUCCACAGUAGGGUAGAUCCAGAUCACACGCUGGAUCAGACACACACGUCUGUCACCGUGCAGCAAAACAAUCAGAUUAACCUCACCGCCAUGAGGAAUAAGUCAGAGCAGCUGUCCUCUAAGGAUAAUUGUGAAGAUGCUGCUGUUGAUAUACUUCAGCUUAGAAUAGACGAGCCUGCCAGCUCUGAUGUAAGAAAACAGUCACUAGAAGAACAAUCCGAUCAAAUGGAUUCAUCCAUGUCAUCCAGUCACUGCGGCUGUCAGUGUUCUGACGGCCUCCACCAUCCACACUGUCGCGGCUUGCCACAUGAACAAAACACAGCAGAAGAUUUCAAUGAAAGUGGUUACCACGGCAACUCCGAAUCUUUUCUCGUCCGUUCAACUGAUUCCUGUUUUUCUGUCAAAAGUCAGCCAAGUCUUUCAAUGGAUUUUUCUCCCUGUUCCUCCUACCAGAUGCACGACAAUUCAUUUGGGGUGGCACCAAAAUGUGAUUCUGUAAACUCUGCAAGUCUGGAAUCUUCCACGGAGGUGGACGAGACAGACGGCGGCCUGAAGUUUAAAUUUAGCUCCGUGUUUAAAAGUAGGGGCAGCGGAGUUUUGGAGAACAGCGGCGCUUGGGGUGGGUCCAGGCUGGCUGACUCCUUCAAACAUUGUACAUCUAGCUCAGAGCUUAACAGCUUCAGUAUCAACUCAGACACGAGCUUACUGCGAGCUAACAGCGUCAAAUCUGACCCUGCUAUCAACGUCUCCGAACAGUUGAUUCCCCGCAGGAGAGCUAGCCGGGGAAAUCAGUUUUGUGAUUGGCAGUUAGAUAAACCUUCAUCCAACCCAGCGAGCCCUCGUCCAUGGGCGGAGGUGGACCUGUACAACAUGUCAAGCCCAGGGACCUCUCCCUUCACAAAGCCGGGCAGGUCGUCAGGUCAGGUGUACGUCCCUGAGCAGCCUGGUACAGCAGGUUCACUGGACCGGAACAUGUCUGCGUCUGGGAAACCUGAAGAGGCAGACACCCCCCACGGUGCCGGCCCAGCCGUGACCAACCCUUCUAAUGGCACCCUGAAGCUAGAGGCGGUGCCGCCAGUCAGCAGGAGGCUGGGGCACAAGCGCUGGGUGUCAGACACUAGUGCCCUGAGGAUAGAGGAGCCGCAUGCUGCUACCCCUGUGGGCAGACGUCAGCCGCUGUCGUCAUCAGAGAGUAGCCAUCAGACCUGUAUGAGAGCCUCAGGAUGGGACAGCUAUCAGGGGACGCUAACCAAGCCAGUGGAGGGUCAAAGUUUAAUGAGUUAUCUCUCGUCACAGGACUUCAACACCUGCGCCAACCUGGAGAAGGAGAACGCCCACUUCCACAUAUCCGAGGCCCUGAUUGCAGCAUUUGAAGCCAUGAAGUGGAGCCGUAUGAUGAAGAAACAGGCCACAGGGAGGCAAACCUCGUCCUCUUCAUCCUCCUCAUCUGAUGAGGAGAUCCACGAGCUGAGGCAGAGGAUACGCAUACGCAAACGAGAAAAAAUGCUGGCGAAAGGUCGACCUUUUCCUUCCCUGAGUAGUGAUGGACAGACAGAAAAUGAUUCAAACUGUCAGGUCAUGUCAUCAGCUGAUCAUGACAUCUCUUCUUCUUCAGGCAGUUCAACAUCAGAUGACGAUGAUGAUGACAGAAACAUUGAUUUAAACAUGUCAUCUGACAGCCAUGGAAACCUGGCAGAGUUACGCUCCAGUGGCCUGGCUCUGUCGAUGGCAUCCCUCUACUCAGAAGUGGAACUAGCACGCAGUAAUCAACAGAUUGUGAAGAUCAGUAACUUUGAAGAAUCCACCAACCCUGGAUCAGCGGAGUCCAUCGCCAUCUCGCUGCUAAAAAAGUUUUCUGAAAAACAUCUCCCAAAAGCUUCGGAACUGAAAUGGCUGGUCUCUGAAAGAGAUGCCCCUCAAAGUUUGCUUCCCUUGCCGUCUUCCAUCCCCAUCUCACCAGAUGAUGUCAACAGUACAGUUCUGGCCACGCCCAACAGAACGCGACUGCGAGGCAACAUGGAAUGGGCCCCACCCAGAGCACAGAUUAUAUUUAGUGUUCACCCGCCUGAAAAGCAAUCUGUUGUGAUGAGUCGGCAAAACUUUCGCUGUGCUGGCUGUGGUUUGAGGGUGGAUCCAGCUUUGAUGAAAAGGUACAAGUACUGUGAGUACCUGGGAAAGUACUUCUGUCAGUGCUGUCACACAGGGGAGACCUCCAUCAUACCUGGGCAUGUACUGGAGCGCUGGCACUUCAACCGCUACCCCGUAGCCACAUUCUCAUACACCCUGCUGGAGAAAAUGUGGGCGGAGCCUCUCUUCCACGUGGACACCAUCAACCCGUCGCUGUACCGACGCGUCCGAGGGCUGGAGAACAUUAGAGAGUGUCGUCAGCAGCUGGUCCAUCUCCAGUCCCUGUUGGGUGUCUGCAAGAGAGAUCCAAAAAUUCUGAAAGAGAUGCGGAGACUACCCAGCCAUUGGAUAAGCAAUGAUGACGCCUACUCUAUGGACGACUUUGUUAAGGUGAAAACAGGAGCCAUGCUGAGCCACAUCAAGGCUUUUAUUUCUCUAGCCCUGUCUCAUGUAGAAGACUGUCAGCUGUGUCAAGGCCUAGGUUUCAUCUGCGGGAUGUGUCAUGACCCCAAGGUUAUCUUCCCCUUCCAGCUGGAGUCUGUUGUCAGCUGUCAAGUUUGUCAGUCCUGCUACCAUAAAGGAUGUUUUGUUCCUGAUAAGUGCCCUAAGUGUAUACGCAUGGAAGCCAGGAUAUUUGACACAAUAAGCUUACAGCUCCGCCCAGUGCAUAACAAAUUUAAAAGAGUUAAGAAAAAAUUUAUCCUUGCUAUACAAAAGAAAUUGGCAUUCAGGAACCGUUGGAUAUUUCACAGAAGGGAGUCGCAGACAGAGGUUGCUGUAGAAUUUACAGUCUAAACGGAAGAUGCAAGAGGAGCAGUUAUCCCCUGACAGCCCAGACUCUGGAGAAAAUGAUGAGAGCACAAGCUCGGAUAAAACUUUAGUGUCAGCGGGAAGCCCGAUGGCCGACAGCUUGGAUGGCAG